CCUGAAAGCGUCAUCGGAGCUCAAGAAUUCUCGAUGGCCGGUGGCGGAGUCUGCAUUGCACAGCGCGGAUUUUCUGCGACUGCCAACUAUCUUCGGGUAGUCUGGGCUUUAUAAUUUUUGAUUUCGUCCUUUUAGGACUCAGUAUGAAGUGAAGAGGUGCUGUGUAGCUGGUGUUAGUUAUUAUAAUAAAGACUGUUCUCGAUAUAUUUCGUUCUUGUAGACACUGAUUAAUCAUUGAAUGAACAGUUCAACAUCAAUUGUAGUGUAAACAAACCCGCUGCUGCGUCACCAUCGCAGCUCAGCUCAGCUCAAAACUCAGCGCUCGACGCCCUCAGGACAACUUCCUCAACCGCAACUCCUUCCGCCCUCCUCCUCCCUUCAUCACCCUCUGUCCUCAAUCACAUUCCCAUCCACAAUGUCAAAGCCCCCGAAAUCAACCCUCGCUGCCCCCUCCAUCCCGCUCUCCGAAGAGAUUAAAUACAAACAGAAAUGCAAAGAUCUCAAGCGACGCAUAUCCCAGAUUGAGGAUCAAAACGACAUCCUCUCCCUUCGCAUCGCCCGCUCAAAGCGCGCCGUCCAGCGUAUGCGCCUAGAACGCGCCCUCCUGCUCGAAAAACUCGAGGAGCGAACCAUCCUCAAAGUCGACGACUCUGAGGGCUCUCCAUCCCCUCCUCCUUCUGUAUCCCCCCGCACUCACAAGCACCGUCGCCGAGACUCCGACGGCUCACUCUCCCCCUCAUCCAAAGACCACGUCUCCGGAUUCACCUCCAUCUCCGCCCACUCCGCCACCGCAAAAUCAGCCAAUUCCCCCGCCCCCCACUCCGCCUCCGCCGCCCCCAACUCCGUCCCUACAUCCAAGCGAAAGCAGCCCCCGAGGGAUCCCAACGCCCCCAAGCGCCCGCAAAACGCCUACAUCAUCUUCUGCGACCAUGAAAAAGAGCGAGUCCGAGCCGACGGCAUCGCCCACGGCGGCGAAAACUUCGACCUCACAAAAGCCAUGGCCGAAGCCUGGCGUGAUCUAGGCGACGAUGGCCGCAAACCGUACUACGAACUCUACGACGCCGAAAAGGCCCGCUACAAUCGCGAAAUGGAGGCCUACGUCGCGCCCGGAAGCUUACCUCCGGUUCCCGUCACCCCCGUAUCGAACAUCACCUCUGGCUCUGGUGCUGGCGCUGGAUCCGGCGGUGGUGGCAGUAGCGGUGGUGGUGGAGGCGCUGGUCCUUCUUCUCGAUCACCCAUCCCUGACGACGCGAACGGAGACGACGACGAGGAAGAUACCCCGAUCGUGUCUCAAACAGAAGAUGGCGGAGCUCAGGAUGAGGAUAUUGAAGAUGAGGAAAUGGAGGACGUCUCUUUCGGAGGCGGCUUCACUGCCGUCAAUCGGCGGUGACUUAUUUUAUACCUUAGGAGUUACAAUUUACUUGAUGUAAUA